AAGGACUUAGCUUGUACCCUCUGUUGUAACGAGGAGAUGACCCCUGGCUGAACUAGUUACAAACAUUUGCUCAACUAUUGGGUUCACAACGUAUCUUCUUUGGUAAACCCCGACGAAACGAACGUUCCAAUUAAGGUUGUGGAGGGCUGGUAUGCUGGUACGCUCGGAUUUCGAGGACGUACCUGAUUUCUAUACGGCAAUCAACUAGCUGCGCUGUUUCAACUCGAGGUGUAUGAUGAUGACAAGUCUAUUUCCUUAUUCGUAGUUGGACGGGGGAUAUUCGGGUCUUUUGUCCAAUAGCUAGUUUCCUGUUCGAUACGAUAUAAAUGCUACAAGACCGGCUUCAGGAUCUUGUAUCUGAGCAGCUACAAAGAGUACGGGGCGGUAUUCCGCCGUUUAUACGUCCUAAGACCCCAAUGUCAGGUUGGCCGCAUAAGCCCGAAGCUAUUUGGGACGAUGAUGUUGUCUUAACACCAUACGUCUCUAUCAGUUCCCGAAAGAUGAACAUGUUCUCUCGCGUCAGUUUGUUGGUAUGUAGAAGUGGCUAGAGAACGGUAUUAAAUGAGGAGGCGAUGAUCUUUGAGACGAAGACCGUUGGCAGCUUGGAAACUGGCUAGAUCGUAAGACUCCCCCGAACGAUCCGAGAAAUGGAUAAAUGGACAUAAUUCCUGUCGUAGAUGCGUAUAUCGUCCACAAAACUGAAGUUUUCGCCCGGAUCUGGGGCUCAUAAUCUAGAACGUGAUUUCGAAGUACCUAACUUAAUAGCAACCUAAGCAGCUUAUUCUCCCAUUGUUCAGCGGCCUUAGAAAGAGAUCGCGUAAAUUUAAAGGACAUCGAUUUCAGAAAUAAGGCUAUAAAGGUCAACAUCAAAAGUACGAAUGAAGAUUUCGAAGUGGGAAAUAAGAG